GGAUGGAGGUGCAGUUGUAUAUAUAAAGGGCGGGCCGUGUAUAUGGCCGGAGAGACCCCGCGCAGCUGUAUUGCAUACGAGGAGACCUCCCUCGCUUUUGCCAGCUGGAAUUCCUUGAAACUAUCACGACCGCCUUCCGUUCCCCGGUUCUGUGCUCAUGUUGAAUCUUCUCUGCUUCUUUUGGUGGGGAAUGAGACUAAUUCGCUCCAGAGAGUGUGUCACUAAACGAAAUCCCUUACCAUCUGCGUGACUCUUACCUCCCUACGCACGGGCCUAGUAAUCCACAGCGCCUCACGGGCUAUGGUGGACCGAAUCACUUUCACUUUGACGAAAAGCAAGUACGAAAGGAAGCUUUUUCUCUCUUCAUCGGCUUCCUAUUGCGCCCUGGCACCAAAUCAACCCACUUUCAUCGGGCCCAGGUCAACUCAUGUCAUUCCUCAGCAGCAUAUUAUCCAACGCCACAGCUGAAGCAAAACACGAGGCGAGUUUUGCGUCCUGCACUCAUAAAGCUCGUGCUGGCAACAUCCAAAACCCUGCGCCACCCUCAUCCCUCGAAGCAUCCUACAUCAUGGUGCCUCGCCCACCCACCGAAACAGAGCUCGAUGCCGAAUACGACAUGAUCUCUCCCGCAGAAGCCGACGAAUACUGUGAUGCGCGUCGCCUACGUCAAGAAACCGGCGAGGAUCGCAUCCACAAUGAGUGGCUCGGCCGUUACCUCGUCCGCAAGAAAGACCGCAUUGUCGUCGAAUUGGGGCCGCACACGAUCUACAAGGAGUUCCGCAUUGAAACCAUUCCACCAACGUCUAAACUGCUAGUUGCGUUAGGCAAGCGACCUCCGUUCCACAGACAUGUAUGGAUUCCCGAGAUCGACGAGCAGAUGUUUCGGAGCUAUUCGUUCUUGCAGGAUGCCGAUGCCAUGGCAGUCACGGGGUCCUGGAUCGAUGCGUUUAAGUUGUGGGUCACGGCUAAGUUGCUUGAGGAUGAGGCUGUGGAGAAACAAGCACUUUCUUCGAUCUGGAGGAAAGCGCAGCUCGGACAAUACAAGCUUGACCGGAUGUUCAGCCCGGAGGAGGUUGACUGGGUGUUUGGGCAUACCGGGAAGGGAACUGCGCUGAGGAAGACUGUGGUCGGGAUAACAGUGCGCAGUGAGGGGUUGGUGAGUAGAUUGAAGGGACCUGCGGAGUUUGUUAAAGAGGUUGAGGGAUAUUUGCAGGUGUUGGGAGGGCAUGAAGUGGUGGAUAUGCGGAAGGGAGUGGAGGAUGUGUGGCCGGGUAUGAGCUUGGACGAGCAUGACCUCCCGAAAAUAUGGCAGCUUAGUCCUUUCGAAGGGGCAAUUCCAGCUCCAGCUCCGAAACUCCCGCGAUCCUCUCCAUCGAAGCAGGGUUUGGCCACUCCAAAAUCUCCAUCCCUUCCGCAACAGGCCUGUCCCGUCCCCACGAGAGCAACGUCAACCCUAAAACCAGCGGUCCCUCCAUCAAUACCGUUACCCCGACAUACCCCACUAUCAUCGUCUUCCCUCCAGCAAUCUACAACCCCGAAAUCCUCCUCCAACCCCUCAAAUCUAGCUCCACCCACAUCUCGCAUACCCAUGGCAACCCAUCAAGUCGUCCCUCGCAUUCAAUCUCGGGUAGCAGUCCAACAUCUCGAAAACAUCUCACGAGAUAUCCCUUCGAUGUUAGUAUCGAAGCCACCGUUACCCAGCCCACGCCAGUCGCGAUUUGUAGCAACCAGAUCACCAAUCCCCGGAGUAAACCAAGGUAAAUCAAGGCAGCCGUUGAAAUAUGCGAACAGCGUUCUAUGCGGGAAAUUCAAUAGCCAGCCAGGGAAGGGAGCGCUGCCUUCGGUAGACAUCAAGGAGCAACCGGUGAGACAACCAAUUAAUCCGCCGAAUGUAGAGUUAUUGGUCAAGAAUAUGGGGGUGAAUUUUGCCGCGAGGCGGAGGGACGAGUGGUGUGAGCAGGGGAAACGGCAUUCAGGUGGGCUUAGCGGUGGAUACAGGGCAAGUUAAAGAUUUGGUGCCCAUACAGAGCAUCUGUGUACAGGCAUGGGCGAUAUUAGGUUUGGUCGCUGCGCGCGCUGUUGUCCCUAGGACUCGGGACCUACCUAUGCACGUAGAGCUACUUGGUCACGUGUUCCCACCUUCGCUCACUAAUACAACCCUUCUCUGUCUCCCGAACUAGCAAGCCCCAACUAUAUAACAUCACAUUUCCACUCUUCCAGAUCUCUUUCAACUAAUAAAAAUCUGGGCUAAGCGUACCUUGGGAA